UGUUUAUUACAAAGUCUGUUUAGCUGCUGUAGAGUACUUUUAUUGUCUCUAUACCUACUUCCUAGUGCCAACGUUUAGCGAAUUGGUUUUUGAGCAUGUCUGGCCGCGGAAAGCAGGGAGGCAAGGCUCGCGCCAAGGCUAAGACUCGUUCAUCCCGUGCCGGCCUGCAAUUUCCAGUUGGCCGCGUGCAUCGUUUGCUUCGCAAGGGCAAUUAUUCCGAGCGGGUCGGGGCUGGAGCCCCAGUGUAUUUGGCUGCGGUGUUGGAGUAUCUCACUGCUGAAAUUUUGGAAUUGGCUGGCAAUGCUGCCCGCGACAACAAGAAAACGCGAAUCAUCCCGCGGCAUCUUCAGCUAGCUAUUCGCAACGAUGAAGAGCUCAAUAAGCUACUGGGUAAAGUCACUAUUGCCCAGGGCGGUGUCCUGCCCAACAUCCAGGCUGUGCUGCUGCCUAAGAAAACUGAGAGUCACCACAAAGCUAAGGGCAAGUAAGAUUGCCCUGUUCUACUGUAUAGAUCCGUAAAAUUCAUUAUUUUGAACCCAAAGGCUCUUUUCAGAGCCCCUCACA